AUCGUCGUGUAACGCAGUGACGAGCGAUCGUUCGACGGAUCAAAUUUGAUAUUAUAUUAUAUCGCACGCGCGCGUGUCACGAGUUUCGGCCGGAUAGAAAAUUUUUAAAUUCAUAUGCGUAUAUAUGUACGUUCUCCGACGCGAUAUCGAUCGCGGUGAAUUUUUUCGCUCUUCCCUUUCUCUGUCCCUGGACAACGAUGAACGCGAUCGUUGGUUUAUUGGUGCCGUUCGUUUUGAUUUUGGCCGGCGGUAAACGAUGCGCCGGCGACACGACCAUCACUCUGGGGAUUUUGUACAACGAGGAGAACUCGAUGUUGGAGACGGCCUUUAAGUCUUCUGUGGACGUUGCUAAGGCCAAAAUGAUUGCCAGUGGUGUUGAGUUGGACGUCAUCAGCAAAAUAGUGCCUCUUUACGAUUCGUUCGAGACCCAGCACCAUGUAUGUGAAAUGCUCACCGAGGGCGUGACUGGCAUGUUCGGCCCAUCCGCCGGAGACACGGCUCCCAUCGUGCAAUCAAUUUGCGACUACAAGGAAAUCCCUCACAUACAGACACGAUGGGACAUCAACCAAAAACGAGGGUCUUGUCAAAUUAAUCUGUACCCUCACCCGAGCACUUUGUCUGAAGCACUAAUCGAUAUCAUCAUUGCCGUCGACUGGAAGAGCUUCACCAUCAUCUACGAAAACAACGACAGUCUAAUGCAAAUCACAAACAUCCUGAAGUCACCACCGACGAAUCAUCCUAUUCGCAUCAGACAGCUCAGUCCAGGACCUAAUUAUCGAAAAGAACUUCGUGAGAUUAAAGAUUCCGGAGAAACAAAAAUACUACUAGACUGUUCGUUCGGCAUACUGUCGGAAGUAUUGUUACAAGCGCAGCAAGUGGGCCUCAUGGGAUCUGAACACAAUUUUAUAAUCGCGUCUCUGGACAUGCACACCUUGGACUUGGAUGCGUUCAAGUACAGCGGCACCAACAUCACUGGCAUGAGGUUGGUGAGGCCACUCGACAGCGAAUUCCAAAACACCGUGUCGCAGUGGACCGACAAUUUAAGCCCCCUCGAACAAGAUGACAAAACGGUGUUGCCCGAGACUAUCCAGUUGGAGUCCGCUCUGAUCUACGAUGCCGUGCAAUUGUUCACGACGUCCAUUUACAAUCUGAGAAAAGAGUUCGAAAUCAACAAGACACCGACUCCGUGCAAUUCCAGCCUUUCGUGGAAGCACGGAUUAACUUUGAUCAACUAUAUGAAAAUGGCCAAAGACUUCAAAGGGCUCACCGGCAAGAUAAAGUUCGACCAAGAAGGUUUCCGGACGGACAUCGAAUUGGAACUGGUGGACUUGACGCAGAACGGUUUGCGUGUGACGGGCACGUGGAGCACAAAAACCGGAAUUAACGUUUCGGCGACACCCCAAUCGCAAUCGGUGCCGGGUGGGAAAGAAUUCGAUUUGAGGAACAUGUCGUUUGUCGUCAUUACGGCGUUGACAAAACCGUAUGGUAUGGUCAAACUUUCCAGCAAUACCCUGGAAGGCAACGACCGUUACGAGGGUUUCGGGAUAGAUUUGAUCAAAGAGCUUAGUGAAAUGAGCGGUUUCAAUUAUACGUUCAUAAUACAAGAAGAUUUCAACAGCGGAUAUCCUGACGAAAAAACUAAAAAGUGGAAUGGAAUGAUCGGGGAAGUUAUAAAUGGACAAGCUGAUCUCGCCAUUGCCGAUAUCACCAUCACUAGACAACGAGAACACGACGUGGAUUUCACCAGCCCAUUUAUGAACUUGGGCAUCAGCAUAUUGUACAAAAAGUCAACAAAGAGUUCACCGAGUCUGUUUUCAUUUUUGGCGCCGUUCAGUUCCUUCGUCUGGCUCUGGGUGAUAACGGCCUACUGCGGCGUGUCUGUUCUGCUAUUCAUCAUGGCCAGGAUCAGCCCGUACGAGUGGACCAACCCUUACCCGUGCAUUGAAGAGCCUGAGUAUUUGGAAAACCAGUUCAGCCUGUCAAAUGCGUUUUGGUUUACGAUUGGAUCGCUGAUGCAACAAGGUUCCGACAUCGCUCCGAUCGCUGUGUCCACUAGACUGGUCGCAGGAAUUUGGUGGUUCUUUACGCUCAUCAUGGUUUCGUCUUACACUGCCAAUUUGGCUGCGUUUUUGACCGUCGAGAGUGUGUCAGAACCGUUCAAAAACGUAGAGGAUUUAGUGAACAAUCAAAACAUUAUCACGUUCGGUUUAAAGAAGAGAGGAUCUACUGAGGAAUAUUUCAGGGAAUCAACAAACCCUACUUAUAAAAAAAUAUAUGAUAUUUUACAAAAAAACCAGCCAUGGUACACUUCGAGUAAUGACGAAGGCGUUGACAAAGUACUCAGGGAAAAUUAUGCGUUUUUUAUGGAGUCUACGUCAAUCGAGUACAUGGUCGAGCGGAACUGCAAGUUGGCUCAAAUUGGUGGACUGUUGGACAACAAAGGCUACGGGAUUGUGAUGAAAAAAAACUCGAGUUUUCGAAACGUUCUGAGCGCAAACAUAUUGAGCCUGCAGGAGAAGGGAAAACUGACGGCGUUGAAGAACAAAUGGUGGAAAGAGAAACGCGGGGGCGGAGCAUGUCAGGACACCGACAAUAACGAGGCCAGCGAGUUGAGUAUGAAAAACGUGGGCGGCGUUUUCAUUGUGUUGUGCAGUGGCGUCGUCGUUGCCGCCAUACUUGCGGCGAUGGAAAUGUUCUGGACGCUGUGGAAAACGACCAGCAAAGAAAAGGUGUCGUUCAAGAGCGAGUUCAAAGACGAACUCAAGUUCAUCGCCAAGUGUCGCGGGUCCACGAAACCGGCUCGGAGGAAGCAGAACAGCAGCGCGGACAACUCGAACCCGACCGGAUCCAAUCAGUACAUGAACUCGGACCGACACUACGACUACGAGUCGUGAUGGCGCUCAAUCGCCGGAAUACCAGCUGUCGGGAAAUUAUUUCCAUAUCACCUUAUCAAACAAACGUCCGCGUACAGGUUUUUUUUAGUCCGUAAAUAAUAUACAACAAUAUUAUAUUAUAUUAUAUAAUACGAUAAUUAUUAUAUUAUUUAUUAAUAGUAUUCAUCAGUAUCUAUUAUUAUUAUUAUUAUUAUUAUUAUAAUAAAAUAUACACAUAUUAUAUACUUAUGUAUUGGCUCUUAAAAUGUAAUGAAGACAAUAUUAUUCGAGCGUAUAAAAAAUAAUAAUUAAAAUAAAAAUAAUUAUUAAAUAAUAAUAAUAAUAAAAAAAAUUAUCACAGUCA